AUCUAGGAUUUUCACAAUGAAAUCUGUAUUAAUCACUGGAGCGAAUAGAGGCUUGGGACUGGGUAUGGUGAAGUACCUCACUAAGCACAACAAGGCCGAAAAUAUAUUCGCUACUUGUCGAACUACUUCCGAGGAGUUACAAAAUAUUGCACAGGCGCACAAAACUCUUCACAUUUUCAAUUUAGAUGUUACAAAUAGCGAAAAUUAUGUAAAUUUAUCAUCGUUGAUCUCAAAAGUUAUGGGGAGUCAAGGUUUGAAUUUGCUUAUAAAUAACGCUGGAGUUACCACAAAAUUCACAAAAUUAAGUCUAGUAAAAACAGAACAAUUACUGGAAAAUCUUACUGUAAACACGAUCGCGCCAAUAAUGCUGACCAAGGCACUUGUUCCGCUUUUAAAACAAGCAGCUGAAUUGAACCAAGAUAAACCCGUCAGUGCUAACAGAGCAGCCGUUAUAAAUAUGAGUUCUAUACUUGGAUCUAUUGCCCAAAACGACCAAGGAGGUUUCUAUCCUUACAGAUGUUCCAAGGCCGCACUAAAUGCAGCAACAAAAUCUAUGAGUAUUGAUCUAAAAAAAGAUCAAAUACUUGUUGCUUCAAUGCAUCCAGGUUGGGUGAAAACUGAUAUGGGUGGUAAAAACGCUACCCUAGAUGUAGAAACCAGCGUUAGUGGCAUAUUCAAUACCGUGGAAAAACUCAGAGAACCAGAUAGUGGUAAAUUCUUGCAAUAUGAUGGAACUGAACUACCAUGGUAACUAAAUGAAAGCAAAUUCUCUAAAUUAUUGAUGUACGCAUUAGUCAAAUAAACGGUUUCAGAUAUUUGAAAUAAAAAACAUUACCAAAGCCUA